GAGAGAUCAAGGGUUGUUGAGUAGUGCUUGAGGCACUUCAUAAUCUGAUGGGUAUUCACAGGUUCAAAUUGUCAGAUAUGAUCCCAAAUGCUUGGUUUUACAAGCUCAAAGACAUGAGCAGAUCAAGAAAGCAGAAAGGUUCUCAUGCUGUGAAGAACAAAGCAAGCUCACCUGUAAUGCCCCAGAGGUCGCCCCCAAGUUGUUCGCACCAUUUCCCCACAGAACCUUACAGAGCUGGUAUGCUUUUCAACUCGCCAAUUCAUAACAAAGUCAGAGACUUUUCAUUCACUGAUUCACCAAGAAGGUCAUCCAAGAGAAGAGUUCAGAGGAAAACAAUUUACAACCCUUCUCCCUCGGCUUUGUCCUCUUUCUCAACUGCUUGCAGCUGCCAUUGGACUCAGCCAAAUCAAGCCGAGUCUCCGGAUUUCUAUGCCUCUUCCAUUGAGAGUUCUUCCACUGAAUUAGAUCCCUAUGAAUGUAUCACAUCUGAAUCUGAUGAGUGCGAUAGCUUAGCAGCUCCUCACAUGUUGAAUGGCCUUUCCCCUGACUGCAGUUGCAGGGUUAGUUCUUCCACUAAUGAUAUCAUCAUAGACAUGAACAACGAAUCGUUUGCUGUGAAUCCUGAAAAGCUAGAUGGGUUUGAUCCAAUUUCGAAACUAGGCCUUCCUCCUAUAUUAACGAAACCAGCGAGGUUUGAUGAUCAGGUCAUUGAAGCAUCUUACUUGAAAUGUUCAUCUAAGGUGAAGGAAAGCAGCAGAACUACAACUCCAAAGUCCUCGGCUAAUUCAAGAGGAAUAAGACUUAGAGUCAAUUCUGCAAAACUUGCAAGUAGGAAAGUUCAAGCCUGUGCAAGAAGGAGUAUAUCAUCAUCCAGUGCGUGCAAGGUUUCAAGCAACACAGGUUUUCCUGAAGGUUUUGCAGUUGUCAAGUCCUCAAUUGAUCCGCAAAGAGAUUUCAAGGAUUCAAUGGUGGAGAUGAUCAGGGAGAACAAUAUAUGGUCAUCAGAGGAUUUGGAGGAUCUUCUAGCUUGCUAUCUCUCACUUAACGCAAGAGAAUACCAUGAACUCAUAAUCAAAGCAUUUGAGCAAACUUGGUUUGAUUUGGCUCAACUCAGAAUGUAAACUUUAAACAGUGCACGUGUAAAGCUUUGUAUCAUGCCACCACUUUCUGGAUCCGCUUCUCUGUUGUAUUUUUCUGGUUUCCUCGUAUAAAAAAUUCUCUCUUUAUUUUAACAACCUUAAAUAUGGUGCAGGAACACAGAGUUUCGUGUCAAUAACAAAUUAGU